AUGCCGCAUCCACUUGAGGAGUGGUUGCCUAACGACGCGCCUUGGGCGAGGCUCUCCACGGCCGUAUUAGAGAAACAAUGCACUAUCCGCAAUUUGCCGACCACGGGACACUCAAAGGAUCUCGUACAACGUCUCUCAGCUUAUAGCCAAGCUGAAAUGAACACGUCCGACAACAAACGUCUUCACUCUUGGCUGACUUGGCCUGUCAACCGCGCAUCGUAUGAGGUAGCCGCGUUAGCGGCGGGAAAAGCGAGGUUACAAGUUGUACGCGUUGUGGACAAACCUGUUAUUUUGCGGUUUGUUCUUAACUGUCCCGAGCCUUAUCUCUGGCAGAGAGCUUUGCUGCCUUCUGAACUUCAAACAAUCUACCAGCAUAGCCACGCCAUUCGCGCUUUUGGCCCCAACAACUCGGAGAUUCAAAUCGGGAUUUGCAUGCUUUGCUUCCGAGAUUAUAACCAAUCCCUGGAUAAGGUAUACCAUUGCUUGCAAUGCGGAAGAGGAAUGCAUUCCCAAUGCAGCUUCAAUUCCUGGCGAGUGAGAAAACCUAUGAGAGAGGACACUUGCUGGAUCUGCUACGAUAUCGAAUGGGACAUCGAGAAGUUUUCUUGGAGCAAUCGGGUCUUACCCGCUGCUCCAAGCACUGCACCUGCUGUACCGGCACAAAAUGAAUCAGCAGUAAAUGCUACCAGAGAGCUGAUCCAGCGUACAGAGCCAGAGGACGAUGACUCUAAAACCUUAAGCUCAUCAAGCGACGAGGACUCCGAGGACUCCGAGGAGAAAAGCGCAGCACUGAGCACGUCCAUUCAGAGUAAUGAAUCUAUCCCAUCUCCAGACGAUCCAGCACUUAUUUGGAAGGGAGCGCCGAGAACAUGCGAGCAGCAGCACCAGGAGAAGAAGCGGCAGCAAACUGCUCUUCUGAAUCUCUCUGCUACCCCGAGUCAUGUCUUGUUUGCUCUGAAUCCCAGCGAAGGCAAUAUGAAACCAUUAGAAGUCGCCACUGCUCGUGAUACCGCGAGAAUUCCCGCUGGGGAUUCUGCCUCUCCUCGCGCAUCCUCUUCAGCUGUCCAGGCUCUUGCCUCCUCGGCUGUAACCACUACUGCUCAGCACAAUCAAGCAGACACUACCUCCAUUUCUGCUCACAAUCCCUCAAUCGCAGGCGGUAUCUCCCAUGCCCCCCAAGUCAGUGUUAACUCUACAACUGCUACUUCAACUAAAUCUGCCGAUGCUACCAGUGCUCAGCAAACUACCAGCAUUGCCACCGACAAUCCUGCAAGUCCUUCUGCACCUCUUCCGACUGACCAUUCUGCUUCCACUCCCGUACUUUCUUCCUUGGGUAUGCAUGCCUGUGGAGACCAUACAAAAGCAAUGGAGCUCGUCCUGGAGUGCAGUCGUUUGGCAAAGAAAUCUGUCGAGAUUCAGAAGAAAUCGGAGCGCGAGGCGAAGAGGAGGAAAAAGCGUAGACGAGAGAUGAAGAAGACCAAGAGAAAGAGCAAGAAGAAAGUAAAGCGGCUCGAGAAAAAGAUCGAGAGCUUGGAGAAGGAAGUGUUGAAGGCUUUGGCGGGCCCGGAGGUAGUGUAG